ACUAAAAAACGAUAUUCAGGGAAAGGAGGAAGAUGCUGAGCUUAUCACUGAGCAAUCAUGUUCCUCCUCCAUUAACGCUCUUAAGCCACCAACGGAGCAUCCUACGCCGAUCGUCUCUACUGUUUCACCAACUCUUCCGCAACAAUCUCGUCUCUUGCUCUUCGUCUUCUUCACCUGGAGGAGUCGUUGUAAUCCCCGCCUCCUCUUCGUCUCCAAUCGCAGUUCCGGAAUCAGAAGACGAGGAGGACAGCUUCGAUGACGAAUUACGCCGUCUGUUGGCGCUCGUACCGGAGGAGAUACGACGGACGCUGGAGGAGCAUCCUCAAAUCAGCGAGCUCAUAGAGGUAGUUUUGGAUUUGGGGCGUAAGCCUCUGGCGCGAUUCCCUUCCGGAGAUUUUAUCAUCUCCGAGGAUGCUGUUAGGGUUAAGGAUCUUGAAUUCGCAGUCUCUCAGGUUGGUUGGUGAGUUUACUAACGAUAACCGAGCUGGAAUCAGCCGGACAUUGCAUCGUAUCAGCGCCAUAAGGAACCGAAAGGGAGAAAUCAUUGGCUUGACUUGCCGUGUUGGUCGAUCCGUUAGAGGAAGCGCAAACUUGCUGCGUGACCUUGUCCAAGAUGGGAACUCUUUGUUGCUUAUCGGUCCACCAGGUGUCGGUAAGACCACAAUGAUAAGGGAGGUAGCACGAAUGCUAGGGAAUGACUAUGAUAAGAGAGUGAUGAUUGUUGAUACUUCCAAUGAGAUUGGUGGUGAUGGUGAUAUACCUCAUCCUGGGAUUGGUAAUGCUAGGCGGAUGCAAGUACCUAACUCCGACAUACAACACAAGGUACUGAUUGAAGCAGUAGAAAACCACAUGCCCCAAGUGAUUGUGAUUGAUGAGAUUGGAACUAAACUUGAAGCUAUAGCUGCAAGUACAAUAGCAGAGCGUGGGAUACAGUUAGUUGCCACGGCUCAUGGAGCCACCAUAGAGAAUUUGAUUAAGAACCCUUCGUUAGACCUCCUCGUUGGAGGUGUUCAGAGUGUUACACUUGGAGACGAGGAAGCGACCAGAAGAGGUGGCACGAAGACUGUCCUUGAAAGAAAAGGUCCACCGACAUUUACCUGUGGUGCAGAGAUAGUUUCAAAGACUGAAGUUCGUGUUCAUCGUAGUCUUGAAGCAACUGUUGAUGCUCUCCUCGCAGGUCGCUUACCAAACGUUGAAAUCCGCAAAAUAAACUCUCAUGGAGUGGAAGUAAUUGUAGAAAAGAAGGAACCUUUGAUGGAUGUGAAGAUUUUAGACAAGAAACAUGAAGAGGAAACGUUAGAUGUUUCGAGGCUUACUAAAGAUGAAACUAUCUCUGAAGUCCUUCCAGUUGAGGAGACUACUGAAGCAGAAUCAACAGAGCAUGAGACACCGAUGUAUCUAUAUGUCUAUGGGAUUGCAGAAUCAACUGUCCUUCAGGCUAUAAAAACACUAGAGAUGGAGAUUGCCGUAGAGAUAACCGACAACAUUAGUGAAGCAGAAGCGUUACUUGCAUUGCAAUCCAAGAUCAGGAAGAAUCCUCGGAUUAAAUCAUUAGCUACAUCUCAUGGUAUACCUGUUUAUGUAACAAAGACUAGUUCAGGUAUUCAAGUGGCCAAGGCGAUACGGGAGUUACUAACAGAUUAUGAAGAUGGACUAGGAGAGUUUGGAUCAGAAGAUCGUCCAAAACUUUCUGAAAAAAUGGAUGCCUUAGAGGAAGCAAGAUUAGCGAUAGAGCGGAUAGUGAUACCAGAGAAGGAACCAGUAGAUCUUCUCCCAAGGCCGAGGAAGAUCGUGUCAUUUCAAGGCAACCUAGUCAGGAAGUAUAAUUUAAGAUCAGAAAGACAUUGGAGAGGAGAUGAGGUGUAUCUACGGAUCCUCCCUUACGGUAUGGAAGAAGACAGAGACGACGAAGAUGAAGAUGAGGAGGAGUUGGAAGACGAGAACGGAGGAGAGGUUGAGGAAUUUGGUUGUGUCACAGACGAGUCGUCUAAUGGUUUACCCUACGGUAUCGACAGGUUACCUCUAUUGCCUGACUAGUUUUGUUUUUAUUUGUCCAUAACAUUGUUAUAGAUACAUUUUUGUGACUGCAAAUGUCACUUUUGUGAAAAAUAUAUCGUAAUUGGAUAUUUUGAAGUGA